AUGUCCCCGUUCUUGGACAGCAUCGCCACCAUCGUCGGCGUCUUCCAGCAGCACGCCCGCGGAGAUGGGGACGGCUCCGGGCUGAGCCGCAGGAGGAUGAGGGAGCUCAUCCAGAGGGAAUUCGCAGAUUCCCUCGUGAAGCCUCACGACCCUCAGACCAUCGAGAAGAUCCUGCAGUUCCUGGAGUGGGAUGGGGACGGGGACAUCGACUUCAACGAGUUCCUCCUCUUGGUGUUCAGGGUGGCCAAGUGCUGCUUCUUGUUCCAGCCCAGAGCUCCAUUCCUGGUGCAGAGGACAAAGCUCCCGACCAGUGUAAAAUCCCUUCGGGAGUCAGAAUUCAGGAGCAGAGGGAGCCGCCGGCAGCUCCAAGAGGAGGAAGAGGAGGAGGAACAAAAAUGGGAGAGGAAUCGUGAAGUUGAGCUGCAACAAGACCUCAGGGUCGGGGAGGUGGAGAUCUCAGAAGAAAGGAGGAGGGAUCAGCGGGAACGCCGCACACGGAACGGGAAGGACGCGGAAGAGAGGAGCCAAAACCGCCGGGGUGAGCAGGAACAAAGACAGCGGGAAGGGAGAAGCUGCCGGGCGGACGAGCUGGAAUGUCCGGAGUCCAGGCGGCCACAUCAGUCGUACCUGGAGGAACCGUUAGAGAUCGACCUCAGGGAAUGUGGGAGAGAAGAGAGGGAGGAACGUGGCUACGGACGGAGAACAAGACGGGAAAGGGAGGAAGAAGUGGCUGCCAUAGACCGGAGAGAGACACGGGAAAUUCGUGAAAUUCGCGAGAUUGAAGGUGAUGGAAGAAGAGAAACUCUGAGGUACGAGAGGGACAGAGAGACCGCAGUGGCAGCAGUAGAAGCUGAUGUCAACGUGCGCCGUGAGAUCCGCGAACGAGGAGAGGAGCUGAGACGGAGGGAACGUCCCUGUGAUGGUGAUGAAGAGAGAAUUUCCCGUGUCAGAGAGAGAGAAGAGGCUGUGAGGGAGAGGAGAAUCGAUCGGGAACGCAACCUGGCGGUAUCAGAGAGCCGCAGACGGGGAAGGGAGGAAGAAGUGGCUGCCAUCGAUCAGAGAGAGACACGGGAAAUCCGUGAAAUUCGUGAGGUUGAAGGUGAUAGAAGAAGACAAAGAGAAACUCUGAGGUAUGAGAGGGACAGAGACACCUCAGUGACAGCAGCAGAAGCCGAUGUCAAAGAGCGCCGUGAGAUCCGGGAAAGAGGUGAGGAGCUGAGAAGGAGGGAGCGUCCCUGUGAGGAUGAAGAAGAGAGAAGAAUUUCCCGUGUCAGAGAGAGGGAAGAGACCGUGAGGGAGAGGAGAAUUGAUCAGGAACGGGAACUGGACCUGGAGGUGUCUGAGCGGCGCACACGGGGAAGGGAGGAAGAAGUGGUUGCCAUUGGCCAGAGAGAGACACGGGAAAUCCGUGAAAUUCGUGAGGUUGAAGGUGAUAGAAGAAGACAAAGAGAAAAUCUGAGGUAUGAGAGAGACAGAGAGACUUCAGUGACAGAAGCUGAAGCUGAUAUCAAAGUGCGCCGUGAGAUCCGGGAACGGGAACCACGAGAGGAGCUGAGACGGAGGGAGCGUCCCUGUGAGGGUGAGGAAGAGAGGAGGAUUCGUCCCAGAAGCGAGAGGGAAGAGGUGUUGAGGGAAAGGAGAAUUGAUCAGGAACGGGAACUGGAGCUGGAGGUGUCUGAGCGCCGCACACGGGAAAGGGAGGCAGAAGUGGUUGCCAUUGGCCGCAGAGAAAUACGGGAGAGACAAGAGCGUGGAAUUCGUGAGAUUGAAGGUGGUGGAAGAAGACAAAGAGAAACUCUGAGGUACGAGAGGGACAGAGAGACCUCAGUGGCAGCAGCAGAAGCUGACGUUAAAGUGCGCCGCGAGAUCCGGGAACGAGGAGAGGAGCUGAGAAGAAGGGAACGUCCCUGUGAGGGUGAGGAAGAGAGAAGAAUUUCCCGUGUCAGAGAGAGAGAAGAGGCCGUGAGGGAGCGGAGAAUUGAUCGGGAACGGGAACUGGAGGUGUCAGAGCGCCGCAGACGGGAAAGGGAGGAAGAAGUGGCUGCCAUUGGCCGGAGAGAGACACGGGAAAUUAGUGAAAUUCGUGAAGCUGAAGCUGAUGGAAGAAGAGAAAUUCUGAGGUACGAAAGGGACAGAGAGACCUCAGUGGCAGCAGUAGAAGCCGAUGUCAAAGUGCGCCGUGAGAUCCGCGAACGAGGAGAGGAGCUGAGACGGAGAGAGCGUCCCUGUGAUGGUGAUGAAGAGAGAAUUUCCCGUGUCAGAGAGAGGGAAGAGGCCGUGAGGGAGCGGAGAAUUGAUCGGGAACGGGAACUGGAGGUGUCUGAGCGACGCAGACGGGAAAGGGAGGAAGAAGUGGCUGCCAUAGACCGGAGAGAGACACGGGAAAUCCGUGAAAUUCGUGAAGUUGAAGGUGAUGGAAGGAGACAAAGAGAAACUCUGAGGUACGAGAGGGACAGAGAGACCGCAGUGGCAGCAGUAGAAGCCGAUGUCAAAGUGCGCCGUGAGAUCAGGGAACGAGGAGAGGAGCUGAGAAGGAGGGAACGUCCCUGUGAUGGUGAUGAAGAGAGAAUUUCCCGUGUCAGAGAGAGAGAAGAGGCCGUGAAGGAGAGGAGAAUUGAUCGGGAACGGGAACUGGAGGUGUCUGAGCGCCGCAGACGGGAAAGGGAGGAAGAAGUGGCCGCCAUCGAUCGGAGAGAGACACGGGAAAUCCGUGAAAUUCGCGAGGUUGAAGGUGAUAGAAGACAAAGAGAAACUCUGAGGUACGAGAGGGACAGAGACACCUCAGUGGCAGAAGUAGAAGCUGACGUCAAAGUGCGCCGUGAAAUCCGGGAACGGGAACCACAAGAGGAGUUGAGACAGAGGAAACGUCCCUGUGAGGGUGAGGAAGAGAGGAGGAUUCGUCCCAGAAGAGAAAGGGAAGCGGUCCUGAGGGAGAGGAGAAUUGAUCGGGAACGGGACUUGGAGGUGGAGGUGUCUGAGCGCCGCAGACGGGAAAGGGAGGAAGAAGUGGCUGCCAUUGGCAGGAGAGAGACACGGGAAAUUCGUGAAAUUCGUGAAGUUGACGGUGAUGGAAGAAGACAAAGAGAAACUCUGAGGUAUGAGAGGGACAGAGAGACCUCAGUGGCAGCAGCAGAAACCGACGUCAAAGUGCGCCGUGAGAUCCGGGACCGAGGUGAGGAGCUGAGACGGAGGGAACGUCCCUGUGAGGGUGAAGAAGAGAGAAGGAUUUCCCGUGUGAGAGAGAGAGAAGAGGCCGUGAGGGAGAGGAGAAUCGAUCAGGAACAGGAACUGGAGCUGGAGGUGUCUGAGCGCCGCAGACGGGAAAGGGAGGAAGAAGUGGUCGCCAUCGAUCAGAGAGAGACACGGGAAAUCUGUGAAAUUCGUGAAGUUGCAGGUGAUGGAAGGAGACACAGAGAAACUCUGAGAUAUGAGAGGGACAGAGAGACUUCAGUGGCAGCAGUAGAAGCUGAUGUCAAAGUGCGCCGUGAGAUCCGGGACCGAGGUGAGGAGCUGAGACGGAGGGAACGUCCCUGUGAGGGUGAAGAAGAGAGAAGAAUUUGCCCCAUAAGAGAGAGAGAAGAGGUCGUGAGGGAGAGGAGAAUUGAUCAGGAACGGGAACUGGAGGUGGAGGUGUCUGAGCGCCGCAGACGGGAAAGGGAGGAAGAAGUGGCUGCCAUUGGCCGGAGAGAGACACGGGACAGACAAGAGCGUGGAAUUCGUGAGAUUGAAGAUGGAAGACAGAGAGAAACUCUGAGAUACGAACGGGACAGAGAGAUCUCAGUGGCAGCAGCAGAAGCUGACGUCAAAGUGCGCCGUGAGAUCCGGGAACGGGAACCACGAGAGGAGCUGAGAAGGAGGGAACGUCCCUGUGAGGGUGAUGAAGAGAGAAUUUCCCGUGUCAGAGAGUGGAAAGAGGCCGUGAGGGAGAGCAGAAUCGAUCAGGAACGGGACCUGGAGGUGGAGGUGUCUGAGCGCCGCAGACGGGAAAGGGAGGAAGAAGUGGCUGCCAUUGACCGGAGAGAAACACGAGAAAUUCGGGAAAUUCGUGAAGCUGAAGUUGAUGGAAGAAGGCAAAGAGAAACUCUGAGAUAUGAAAGGGACAGAGAGACCUCAGUGGCAGCAGCAGAAGCCAAUGUCAAAGUGCGCCGUGAGAUCAGGGAACAGGAACCACAUGAGGAGCUGAGACGGAGGGAGCGUCCCUGUGAGGGUGAAGAAGAGAGAAGAAUUUCCCGUGUCAGAGAGAGAGAAGAGGCCGUGAGGGAGCGGAGAAUCGAUCAGGAACGGGAGCAGGAGCUGGAGUUGUCUGAGCGGCGCAGACGGGAAAGGGAGGAAGAAGCGGCUGCCAUUGGCCGGAGACAAAUACGGGAGAGACAAGAGCGUGGAAUUCAUGAGAUUGAAGAUGGAAGACAGAGAGAAACUCUGAGAUACGAACGGGACAGAGAGACCUCAGUGGCAGCAGCAGAAGCCGAUGUCAAAGAGCGCCGUGAGAUCCGGGAACGGGAACCACGAGAGGAGCUGAGAAGGAGGGAACGUCCCUGUGAGGGUGAUGAAGAGAGAAGAAUUUCCCGUGUCAGAGAGAGGAAAGAGGCCGUGAGGGAGAGGAGAAUUGAUCAGGAACGGGACCUGGAGGUGUCUGAGCGCCGCAGACGGGAAAGGGAGGAAGAAGUGGCUGCCAUCGAUCGGAGAGAGACACGGGAAAUUCGUGAAAUUCGUGAGGUUGAAGGUGACAGAAGAAGACAAAGAGAAAAUCUGAGGUAUGAGAGAGACAGAGAGACCUCAGUGGCAGAAGCUGAAGCUGACGUCAAAGUGCGCCGUGAGAUCCGGGAACGGGAACCACAAGAGGAGCUGAGACGGAGGGAGCGUCCCUGUGAGGGUGAGGAGGAAGAGAGGAGGAUUCGUCCCAGAAGAGAAAGGGAAGAGGCCGUGAGGGAGAGGAGAAUUGAUCGGGAACGGGACUUGGAGGUGUCUGAGCGCCGCAGAGCGGAAAGGGAGGAAGAAGUGGCCGCCAUUGAUCGGAGAGAGACACGGGAAAUCCGUGAAAUUCAUGAGGUUGAAGGUGAUGGAAGGAGACAAAGAGAAACUCUGAGGUACGAGAGGGACAGAGAGACUGCAGUGGCAGCAGCAGAAGCUGAUGUUAAAGUGCGUCGUGAGAUCCGGGAACGAGGUGAGGAGCUGAGAUGGAGGGAGCGUCCCUGUGAGGGUGAUGAAGAGAGAAGAAUUUCCCGUGUGAGAGAAGAGGCCAUGAGGGAGAGGAGAAUUGGUAGGGAACAGGACCUGGAGGUGUCUGAGCGCCGCAGACAGGAAAGGGAGGAAGAAGUGGCCGCCAUCGAUCGGAGAGAGACACGGGAAAUCCGUGAAAUUCGUGAAGUUAAAGGAGAUGGAAGGAGACAAAGAGAAACUCUGAGGUACGAGAGGGGCAGGGAGACAGCAGUGGCAGCAGCAGAGGCCGAUGUCGAAGUGCGCCGUGAGAUCCGGGAACGGGAACCACGGGAGGAGCUGAGACGGAGGGAAUGUCCCUGUGAGGGUGAAGAAGACACAAGAAUUUGCCCCAGAAGAGAACGAGAACAGGUCCUGAGGGAGAGGAGAAUCGAUCAGGAACGGGAGCAGGAGUUGGAGGUGUCUGAACGCCGCAGACGGGAAAGGGAGGAAGAAGUGGCUGCCAUUGAUCGGAGAGAGACACGGGAAAUCCGUGAAAUUCGUGAAGUUGAAGGUGAUGGAAGGAGACAAAGAGAAACUCUGAGGUACGAGAGGCAGAGAGAGACCUCAGUGGCAGCAGCAGAAGCCGAUAUCAAAGUGCGCCGUGAGAUCCGGGAACGGGAACCACGGGAGGAGCUGAGACGGAGGGAACGUCCCUGUGAGGGUGAGGAGGAGGAAGAAGCAGAGAGGAGAAUUUCCCGUGUCAGAGAGAGGGAAGAGGCCGUGAGGGAGCGGAGAAUCGAUCAGGAACGGGAGCUGGAGGUCUCUGAGCGCCGUGGCCGCCGGACACAUGGAAGGGAGGAAGAAGUGACCACGAGUGACCAGCGGGAGGCACGUGAGGCCAUCAGGCUGGAGGUGCUGGAGGAGGAAGAUGAAGAGGAGUUGGAGCCGCGACGGUGCCGAUACCAGACCCUGGAUGUGGACACUGGCGAUCUGUGCCCCCCAGGACCUGUCAGUGACCUCAGGGUCCGGUACAUCCCUGCUGACCCCGAGGCCCGGCCCGAAGUCCGGGUUCUCCCCGAGCCCGUGGAGCCUCAGACCGUGGCCUACUUGGUUCAUGUGAUCCAGAACCGCGACGAUCCCAAAGCCGCCACCUACGAGAUCGUGUGCCACCAGCCCGGCCAGCCCGCCAGCGUCCGGACCUGCUCCGUGUCCCCGCGGCCACCGCGGGAUGAGGCCACCAAAUCCCAGGAAAACGCCCCCGAGGAUCUGGAUGAAAGAUGUGGGCAAGAGGUGAAGGAUGGAACUCUCCGGGAUUGCGCUGAGCCAGAGACUGGGAACGGCCAGAGGGUGAAAUCCAAGGAGAUCCGGAGACGCCCCGAGAUCCCCGAGGUGGAGCAGGAUCAACCCCAGGAGGAGAGAUCCCAAAAAAUCCCACGGGAAUGCCAGGAGAGCGAAGCCAAAAGCUGCACCCCGGAGUGUCUGGAGAGGAGAGAUCCCGGAGAAACGCGCAAGGAGGGGAUCCAGGAGGGUGAGGAGGCUCCCAAGGAGGAACCCAGCAAGAGGAGCCGCCGGGAAUCUGGCAAUUCCCAGGUUCCUCGGGAAGGUGGCACCAAGCAGGGCCAGGAGCCCUCGCAGGAGGGAUGA